UGUCCUCGUGAUAGUGUAAAAGUGUGUGAUAUGUGAUAUUUGAGGCUUUCGUAAUAAAUCUCCGUUAUUUUUUCCAGAAGGGAUUGGGAAUCGGGAAAAGGGUUGGACCCCAGUAAGAGUGAGCUCUAGAGAGAGAGAGAGAGAGAGAUGGCAGAGGGAGAGAGGGUGGUGGAACCAGAACCAGAACAAGAACAGGAACAAGAAUCAGAACCAGAAACAAAGGAGACAUCAACAACAAUGUUGAAACACAACCAGACAAUGCAGUUAUUAUCAGAAAAACUAACAAAUGGAAACCUUAACUCAAAGAUUGAAGCUGCAAGAGAAAUCAGAAGAAUGGUUCGAAAAUCUUCAAAAACACGCUCCAAACUUGCUGAUACUGGUGUCAUUCAACCUCUUAUCUUCAUGCUUUCUUCUUCCAACUUUGAUGCUCGUCAUUCCUCUCUUCUUGCUCUCCUCAAUCUUGCUGUUCGUAAUGAAAGAAACAAGGUCCAAAUAGUGACAGCUGGUGCAGUGCCUCCUCUGGUGGAGCUUCUCAAGAUACAAGAUAACGGUAUACGAGAAUUGGCUACAGCUGCAGUCUUGACACUCUCAUCUGCUGCAACCAACCAGCCGAUUAUUGCUUCUUCUGGAGCUGCUCCUCUCCUUGUUCAGAUUCUCAAAUCUGGAAGUGUUCAAGGCAAAGUUGAUGCUGUUACAACCCUCCAUAAUCUCUCCACUGGCAUUGAGAACUCCAUUGAACUUCUUGACGCUAGUGCUGUUUCCCCUCUUAUCAACCUCCUUAAAGACUGUAAGAAGUACUCAAAGUUUGCAGAAAAAGCUACAUCACUACUCGAAAUCCUUUCCAACUCUGAAGAGGGACGAAUUGCAAUCUCGCUGGCAGACGGUGGAAUUUUGACUCUAGUAGAGACAGUUGAAGACGGAUCACUUAUCAGCACAGAGCAUGCUGUUGGAGCAUUGCUAUCAUUAUGCCUAAGCUGCCGGGAUAAAUAUCGGGAACUAAUUCUUAAAGAAGGAGCAAUUCCGGGUCUGUUACGGCUGACAGUAGAGGGCACAACCGAAUCUCAAGAUAGAGCACGCAUGCUUCUGGAUUUGCUCAGAGAUUCUCCUCAAGAAAAGAAACUAGACUCCUCGGUUUUGGAAAAAAUUGUUUUGGACAUUGCUGAACAGCUAGAUAGAGUAGAUAAAACUGCUGAAACUUCGAAAUGAUUGUUGCAAGAUAUAUGGUUCAAAGGAGUAUGGAAAACACAGCAUGAACUGCUUAUUGCACAGGGCUGCUGCAUCUUUCACUCUACUUGAUAAGUGGCACUUUUUUUGCUCAACAAGAAGCUGUGCACAAUUGAGUUUCAACUUGUAUAUAUAUGGUUUCUCUCUUUGUCUGUUUUUCUGUAUGGGCUAGUUAGUGUUUUUUAGCUAGAUAACCAUUCAAAGAUUGUCUAAUGAUGUUUACCAGUCUAACUUGGGGUUGGUCUGUUGAUUUCAUGACCUCAUAAUUAUACUGUAUAUCUCAGCAAGGAUAGUGCACAUAAAAGAGUAUGCAGUUGCAUGUACUGACCCCACCCCCCUCGCAAAUUGAGUUAUUAAUUGGUGAAAGGUUUUAAUUUUACAUGGA